AUGGAGAACUUCCAGUACAGCGUCCAGCUGAGUGACCAGGACUGGGCUGAGUUUUCGGCCGCUGCCGAGGAGUGUGGCCUCCUGCAGGCCAGCCUGGCCUCUGGGGAUGAGCUCUUGUCCAGUGACACGGACCAAAGGGACAGCAGUGGCAGCAGCCCCUCAGGGCCCCCGCCCUUUCUCGAGGGGCAGCUGGCUCCUGGGGGGAGUGCCUGGCCUGGCUUUGAGGAGGAGGGCAAGGCAGCCAUCCGACAGCGGGUCAGCAGGUCUUGGCACGAGCCCACACUGGCCCUGGAGGCUGGGCAGCAGCUGCCCAGCACGUCCGCACUGUCAGAAGCUCGGCCGUCCCCCAGCCCUGGCGCCGCCCCUCCGGCCCAGGGCUCACCCCUCCUGGGGCCAGUGUCUUCCACUGACGGGACGCAGAGGCUUCUGCAGGGCCCAGCCCCCCGGGGUCCCGCCGCCGCUCCCACUGGCGCGCCCAUUCGGAGCCCCGAGGCCCCGGGCUGCCGCGCUGCCCCCCAGAAGCCGCCUGGCAGCCCUGGAGCCCCACCGCGCGGCCCCAGCCGAAACAAGAGGCGCGCUGCAGGCACCAAGGGGGGAGGUGGGCGCCCAGGUGGCACAGGCCCUGCUCCCGCCCAGCUGGACUCCCCACUGCUCACCGAGGCCAGGCCUGAGGACGGCCUCAGCCCGACUGGGUCCAGGAGGAAGCGUCUCCCGGCGGGGACAGCAGAGCAGACAGCAGGAGCCGGGCAGAUCGGGCUGGGGCCAGAGCCUGCAGGGGCCCUUGAGCAGGUGGCCCGGCAAGGGCCAGGUGUGGCUCCGUCUACACCUGUCCCCACCACUGAGCAGGGUACAGACCUACUCGGGAUGACCCCCAGAGCUGAGCCAUGCGCUAUGUCCAUGCUCGACCUGGAGGUGCCUCUAGAUGUCACAAUGGCUAAAUCAGACGCAGCUCUGUCCACACCCGCCUCCGAACCUCAACCCGAGGUGCCUCUGUCUACACCCGCCUCCGAACCUCAGCCCGAGGUGCCUCUGUCUACACCCGCCUCCGAACCUCAGCCCGAGGUGCCUCUGUCUACACCCGCCUCCGAACCUCAGCCCGAGGUGCCUCUGUCUACACCCGCCUCCGAACCUCAGCCCGAGGUGCCUCUGUCUACACCCGCCUCCGAACCUCAGCCCGAUGAGCCUCUGUCUACACCCGCCUCCGAACCUCAGCCCGAGGUGCCUCUGUCUACACCCGCCUCCGAACCUCAGCCCGAGGUGCCUCUGUCUACACCCGCCUCCGAACCUCAACCCGAGGUGCCUCUGUCUACACCCGCCUCCGAACCUCAACCCGAGGUGCCUCUGUCUACACCCGCCUCCGAACCUCAACCCGAGGUGCCUCUGUCUACACCCGCCUCCGAACCUCAACCCGAGGUGCUUCUGUCUACACCCACCUCUAAGCUUCAACCCAAUAAGCCUCAGUCUAUGCCCGCUUCCAAGCCUCAACCCAAUGAGCCUCUGUCCACACCCGCCUCCAAGCCUAGACUGGAUGUGGACCUGCUUAUGCCGGGCCCAGUGGUCCAGCCGGAGGUGGAUUCAUCUACACCUGUCUCAAAGGAUAUACCACGUACAGCUCUGCCUCACCUGGUUUCCGAGGCCAAGUCAGGUGUGGGUGUGUGUACACCUGCUCCCAUCCCCCAGGCUGGGCCUGACAUGGUAGAGGUGGAGGUUGCCCCCGUGGCCAAGCUGGGGUUGAGCCCUGUUCGGUCUCCAGAGGGGGGCCGGCAGAAGCCUAGAGGGGAGCCCUCAGCAGGCGCCCCUGGACACCACGCUGGGGAGCCCCCCGUAGGCCCUACCCGAGCUCCCAAGAAGAAGAAAGUACGAUUCUCCAUGGCUGUGCCCAGCCCCAAGGAGCCAGGGUCGGGAGAGGCCUCAGGCCCACCCUCCUCAGCCACAGCCCCCAGGACAGCAGCUGGGGGCCACAGGGGGUCUGGAGCCUGGGACGCGGUGGCAGUGGGGCCCCGCACCCCCCAGCCUCGGAUUCUGAAGCACCUGCCCCGCCCCGCCCCCUCUGCCUCAGCGGGGCCUGGGCCCAGGAGCUGCUUCGCGGUGACCCUCCCAGAAGCCUAUGAGUUCUUCUUUUGUGACACCAUCGAGGAGGAGGAUGAAGAUGUUGAGGAGGAAGCAGAGGCUGGCCAGGCUCUGGCCGAAGUCCAGUGGCCAGAUGUGUGUGAGUUCUUCUUCCGGGAAGGCCAAACCCAGAGAUCGAGGCACUGGGAGGGCCGCUCGCAGGCCCCACCCCUACAGGCUGAGCCUGCGGCCCCUCCACUAGGAGAUGCCAUGCCCAUCUCCAUCCCUGAGGCCUAUGAACACUUCCUCGGGGAGGACACGUCAGGGGGCACGCUGGGGCCGGCUGCCCUUCUCCAGAUGCAGGCCACGGAGCCCGCCAGGUCCGUUCCCUGGGGAGCGGGGACUGGCACCCCACCGGAGCCUAGCCCAGCCUCUGCGGAGCAGCUCACCCUGGCCGUCAGGCAAGCAGGGGAACCCCGGGGUCCCCUCACCUCGUUUACCUUCAGCCAGAAUGACAUGUGCCUGGUGUUUGUAGCCUUUGCUACCUGGGCUGUGAGAACAUCAGACCUGCACGCCCCAGAUGCCUGGAAGACAGUUCUGCUGGCCAACAUCGGAACCAUCUCCGCCAUCCGGUACUUCCGCCGGCAGGUGGGCCGGGGGCACCGCAGCCGCAGCCCCAGCCCCAGCUCCUAG